AUGCGCGAAGGGGGGGGGGGGGGGCACGCCCGGACAGCGGCUCUUGUUCGGUCGUGUGCUAUUGCGGCUGCGAAAAAGGGCAAGCGCGUGGCUGUGGUUGAUGCCGAGGCGGACAUCGGCGGUGUGUGUGUCCACACUGGCACCAUCCCGUCCAAGACCUUCCGUGAGGCCAUCCUGCACCUCACCGGGUACCGCAACCAGUCGUUCUACACCGGAUCGUCGCUGGCGCGCAAGACGGUGACGGUCAAGGACAUUGUCAACCGGGUCAAGGCGGUGAUCGACAAGGAGCACGCCAUUGUGUCAAGCCAGCUCCUCCGCAACCACAUCGACAUCAUUCCGGGCCACGCCUCGUUUGUCGACUCGAACACUGUGGCCAUCGGCAAGCCGUGGUCGCACCUGCCCGAUCGGCGGGCGCGGCUCAACGCCAUGGAGGGCUUCUCGGUGACGUCAGACGAGAAGCGGCGCGUGACCGCCGACAAGUUCCUGCUCUCGGUCGGCACCCGCCCGGCGCGCCCGGGCCACAUCCCGUUUGAGGCCAAGCAGGUAUUUGACUCGGACGAGAUGCUCAUCGACGACUGGGUCAUUCCGCGGACGCUCAUUGUAGUCGGCGCCGGAGUGAUCGGCAUGGAGUACGCGUCCAUGAUGAACAUCAUCCCGGGCUCACGCGUCUACGUCGUCGAUCAGCGGCCGACCCAGAUCCUGCCGUUUGCCGACACCGAAAUGGUCGAGGCGCUCUGCCACCUCAUGCGCCAGCAAGGCGCCCGGUUCCUGCUCGGCGAGACUGUCUCAUCCUGCGACGUCACCGUCCGCUCUGACGGCCGCGAGACUGUCACCGUCGAGCUAGCGUCGGGCAAGGUCCUCUUUGGCGACGCCCUGCUGUAUGCCGUCGGCCGGCAGGCCAACACCGACUCGCUCAACCUCUCCGCUAUCGGACUGGAGACCGACAAGCGCGGCCUCAUCUCUGUCGACGACAAGUUCAUGACCUCGGUCGGCCACGUCUACGCUGCCGGCGACUGCAUCGGCUUCCCUGCCCUCGCCUCGGUCUCGGGCCAGCAGGGCCGCCUCGUUGCAGACUACAUGUUCGACGACAUCACCGACCGCGUCGAGACCCAGGGUGACUUCCCUUACGGCAUUUACACCGUGCCCGAGCUUUCCUUCAUCGGCAUGUCCGAGCGCGAGCUCACCGCCGCCCAGAUUCCGGUCGAGGUCGGCCUCGCCUCCUACGCCGAGCUGGCAAAGUCUGCCAUGAUCGGCGGCUCGUACGGCCUGCUGAAGCUCCUCUUCUGCCCGCACACCUUCCGCCUUCUCGGCGCAUCCGCCAUCGGCGAGGGUGCCACGGAAAUCAUUCACGUCGCACAAACCGCCAUGGCUCUCAACGGCACCAUCGAUCUCUUCCUCACCCAAGUCUUCAACUACCCGAGUUACUCUGAGGCCUUCCGCGUUGCAGCGCUCAACGGCCUCGGCCGCGUCGCCCGCGGGAUCGGCCACCAGGAGGUCCGCCGCCGCAUCGAGCACAACCGUGCCGCCCAUGCCCACUAGCACAAGCUAAACAAGCGAGCUUAUUCA